UAUUUCACUGACAUUUUGUAAAUUAUUAAAACAUAUUUAUUUAUAAUUAAUUAUAUUUGUAUUUUAUCUUACUUAUUGUUUUGCUGCAUAGUUUGAUGAAUACCUCGGUCCAUGUUGUUGCGUUGAAUAAGUAGGUUUUAGUUUAUCAAUUAAAAAUGAAUUAAGAACUAAACUGUUUCUUCAAAUUAAUAUUGUAUUUAAUUUAGAUUAAUUAUUAAUAAAACUUAACUAAUAUCAAAAACCUUGCUUGAUGAUAGUGUUGUAAUAAAGUCAACGACUUACACAAGUACUGAAAGACUGAGGAUAAUAGACUAUAACCUACUCAAGAGCACUUUGUAAAUGACUAUAAGUCUAAAAACAUUGAAUGAUUAUGAACCAGAUUUAUAGUCUGAUCCAGUGGUGUGAUAUGUGAUCACGCCAUAUUACACUUUGAUCACAGAUAUUUUUUAUAGAUUAGAAUAGGUAAAACUAUGAUCACGCCAUAUUACAACGCUACCACAGUUAUUUUAUAGAUUAGGUAAAACUAUGAUCACACCAUAUGAUACCACAACCUUACAAAUCUGUAUAUAAGUGAUCAGUAGACAUUGAUUAUAGUUAGUGUUAAAUCUCAACAUUGUCUAUAAAUUUUAUGUUUCGUCGUUUCAUACCGUAAUAUAUCCGUUUGCUACAAGUCGAUAACAAACCAAGUAACACAAUUUGAUCAGGUAAAUGUUUUUUAAACAAUCUGUUAUAUUAAAAAUUAAACUUAUACUGAUUAUCAUUUUUAUUUAAGGUAUAUUUAAUAUAUAUAUAUAAAAUAAUAUGUCGUACUAUACUAAUGUAUCUGCAGGCGAAAGCUCUUCAAAUGAUGAUAAUGAAAGUAGUAUGCUAUCAACACUAUCAUCUUCUUUAAAACCGGUAAAAAUGCAGAAUAAAAAAAGAAAAAAUGAUACUGAACCAAAAGUUAAAAUGUCUAAGGCUGGAAAGCAGCGAACAGAAUCAAUAGAGACGUACAAGGAUGCCUUAGCUAGUGUAAUUUCGAAAGGAAAUAUUGAAGAUAACGUUUCUAACUCAAUAACAUUGACGGAAGGAAAUUGCACGUAUACGAUUCGGUGUCCAGUAGCGCCAAAAUGCGAUGACUACUACGUCAUCCAACAUUAUAAAACUAGUGUUAUAAAGGACAUUCCGUCACUUGAAAGAUGGAAACAUUCUGAAGCUAGUGUGAAGUUGUAUACUAGCAAUAACUAUCCUGCCGAUAACGAAAUAUCAAAUAAAAUAAAUGAACUUAUUCGUGUAAUUUUAAAUCGAUGUUCAACGGAUCCAAAACGGAAGAUUGUAAAAAACAGUAAAAAACAAAAUGUCUAA